CACUCAGCCGCUCUAGCCCUCGCUCGCCGUUCUCUCAGUGGUAGCGCGGGGACGAGUUGAAAGGCGGGCUGUCAAGCUCGCGGAGAGCGGAAGUGGCUGCUGUCCCAGCCCCGGCGGAGGACCGCUCAAGCUAAGGGCCUCCUGCGGUCUGUCGCCCUGCAGUCAUCCCGCCUUCCCCAUUUCCUCUGCGGCCCCGUGUCAAGGCCCAGUACAAUUUCUGCCGCAUCUGUCGCCUCCGCGGGUUGUCAUCUUGCUUUGAGAGACCGGAGCCCUCAAAGCUCUGCUUUAGGCUUAUUCCCUGAGCUGGCAUUGAUAUGAGGAGUCAAUACAUUUGUUUGCUACCUAAGGGUGAUCAGCACUGAUCUACUAGAGAGAUUUCUAGACAAAUACAAGCAUAGAAAAUUUGCUAGAAUCAGGAAUGAUGGAUCCAUGCUCAGUUGGAGUCCAGCUACGUACCACGAAUGAGUGCCAUAAAACCUACUAUACUCGUCACACGGGUUUCAAGACUUUGCAAGAAUUGUCAUCAAAUGAUAUGCUUUUACUUCAACUUAGAACUGGAAUGACACUUUCUGGGAACAAUACAAUUUGCUUCCAUCAUGCAAAAAUUUACAUUGACAGAUUUGAGGAUUUACAGAAGUCAUGUUGUGAUCCAUUUAACAUACACAAAAAACUAGCCAAAAAAAAUUUGCAUGUAAUUGACUUAGAUGAUGCCACAUUUCUGAGUGCAAAAUUUGGAAGACAACUUGUACCUGGUUGGAAGCUUUGUCCAAAAUGUACACAAAUAAUCAAUGGAAGUGUGGAUGUUGAUUCUGAAGACCGUCAGAGAAGAAAACCUGAUUCAGAUGGAAGAACUGCUAAAGCAUUGAGGUCAUUACAAUUUGCAAACCCAGGAAAACAAACUGAAUUUGCUCCAGAAACUGGUAAAAGGGAAAAAAGGCGGCUUACAAAAAAUGCAACUGCUGGUUCAGACAGACAAGUGAUACCAGCGAAGAGUAAGGUCUAUGAUAGCCAGGGGCUCCUGAUUUUCAGCGGAAUGGACCUCUGCGACUGCCUUGAUGAGGACUGUUUAGGGUGUUUCUAUGCUUGCCCCACCUGCGGGUCCACCAAGUGUGGCGCUGAAUGCCGCUGUGACCGGAAGUGGCUGUAUGAGCAAAUUGAAAUUGAAGGAGGAGAAAUAAUUCAUAAUAAACAUGCUGGAUAAUCUGUGAUAUCAAAUGACAGGAUCCUUAAAGGUCCUUUAGUUCUAAAAUUCUUUCAUUCUCAGAUACAUUUUAAAGUUAAUUACCAAAUGACAAAAAUUUGAAAACCCCCUUAACAUGUGUACUCAUCAUGCACUAAUAUUGCAUUUAGGAUGCUUAUUUGAUGUAAAUUUAGAUGGGUUAUUACUCAGCAGUCAGCUUUAAGCCUUUCUGGGUCAAUAUAACAAGUAGGGUACAGGCUGUCCUCAAUUUGCACAAUUCCCAUAUCCACACAUCUCAGUGACAAUGAUUUGGUUAAAUAAUACCAGCCCCCUAACAGCACAGUUUGAAUUUUAGUUACCACAGGGUAUUAAUUGUGAGUGAUUACCUGAAGUACAAACUUCCCUGCUAGCUCUUGGGCCCACAAAUCACUAUGUGAGUAACAGAUGAGUAACCAAUCACAUUAUUUCUCUCAAAUUCUGUUAGUGAUUGAUCCCUGUGCAUCUGUCACUCAAAGUACACUCACAGGCAACAGAACAUGUAGUUGUCUUGUUGCCUUGUCACCCACAUAUUUUACUCAGAAGAACUGGGUAACAAAUGAAAAUGCAGUAAAGAAAGGAAAAAUGAUAAUACUAGCAGUGAGAUUUGACUUGAACGUAAGUAGAAGAUCGAUUAUGGGAUGUUGACACUGCUGCUAUUCGAGAGCCUCUAGGUACACAGCUAGAGCAACUUAGUGAAGGCAAACUUAACAGCUUAAUGAGCAGAGUGGUUGUGAUAAAAAGGGUGAAUAUAUGUAUCCCAGAGGAAAUGAUGGUAAAAAACUUCAUGUAAAGGUUAUUAUAGAGAUACGUCGUAACAUUGAAAGCACAAAUGAUAAAAUGGUAGGAGCUAAUCCAAACUUAAAGUGUGAUAAUAUGCAAUGGUAUAGAAAAGAUGCUUAUUCAAUAUCAUCAGUUGACAAAAAGGCAAGCACUGUUCAAACUGUUCUUAAUUCUUUACAGUGAAGUAACACUUUUAUUCUGUUUCUAAUGUUUUAAAUUACAGUGCACUGAAACACUUUUUAUAAUGUUUUCAUUUUACGUUUGUAACUUAGAGUUUUUAGUAUUUGACAGAUUUUUAAAGGUCACAGAGCAAUCAUCAUUUUCUCAUUUAUUAUUAAGAUUGCUUUGAAUGGCCAUGUUUAUGGUCCCACACUAUUGUGCAAGGCAAGGACUGCCAGAAGCUGAGAACAAUGCCUAGGGAAAAUCAAUUUUAAUGACAACUAAGUGGUUGAGUGUUAAACUAUCUUGGAUAUAAUCUAUAUAUGUAAGUGCUAAAAUAUAUCACUCUCCCCACUUACUCUUUAAAAAAAGUUUUAGUACUGUAAAUCUUUUCAUUGUUUAGACUAUGCAUUCUUGGUGGCAAAAAUCUUAUUCUAUGUAUAAAGCAUGAUAUACAUACAAUACAUAAGGAUAUACAUUAUAUCUGUGGUAUUAAAAUUCUAUAGGGUGUUGAUUAGGAGUAAAAGGACUAAUAAAAAGCUCCUUAAGGGAGUAAUAAUGAAAAAGGGCAGGGAAACACUGGUUGAAACAGUAUAAAUCGUUUGGAAAUUAAAUCUUGAUGUUGGAAUUUGUAUGGGUACCAUUUGGAAGAUGAGGGAUUGGAUGAUCACUUUCCUCUGCUCUUCCUUUAAGACAGCUACCUGUCGGUCUAUCUAAAAUCUCUUGUCAGCUAGAAUAUUUCCACUACUUUAGGUUUUUGUUUUGUUUUCCCUAAAUAUUAUACUUUAACCAAAUGAGCCUUUGUCAAUUUGAAAUAUUUUUUAGACAUUAAAACUAAAUUUAUACAGCCAGUUAGAGUGAAUGGACCAAUAGAGGCUUAUUUUUACUCCUGUAUAUUUUUGGUAUCUGUUUAAAUGGCUGGUUUUACUUUGAUGGAAUGCCAUUUUCAGCUGUAGAAUUAAAUAUCAUUUGUAAGUCAUACUUGCUCAUUGGCCCAGUCAUCAAAAGUGCAGUUUAUCAGCUCCUUGGUCUGUGUUUCAGAAGAACACUGGCAAAAAGAAUGAUUUGACUUCAUAUACUUAAAUGCUAGAUUUUUUUUCUUCUGAAUUAAAAUUUUUUUGUUGUUGUAGGAUAUGAACACAGACUCCCAAUUUUCCAGAGUUAUUAGACCUUAGUCAUAUUACUACUGAAAUUUUUGUUGCUUUUAAGUGUGAUUUAGUGUGUUGCUAAAGCUCUUCAUAGGGACAAAUUAAAAUCUUGCAUUCUUGUUUUAAAUAACAUAAAAAUAUUUUCAACAGAAUAAGUGACUUUAAAAUUCAAAUUGUUAUUUCAGCAUUCUUUACUAGAAAAUUUCUGUUAUUUUUCAAAGAUGAUAAUUUUUUCAAGGGGAAAUUUCUUGAACAAUUUUGCUAAUGUUUAUUCAUUAUGCCUAUUUAGGAGACCAGACUUUAAGUGAUCAUGUAAAAUGUUUACAGAGAAAGGUGUAUCUGAUUUAGAGUUGGCUGUAAUAAAAGUUGUGAGUUGGAAAAGUUA